UGUUGUGCAAUUGUUAAUUAAAAUUUAAGGUUUAACCCUUAAUGGAGUUUUUAAGCAACUGUGGUUAACAGAAUUUUCAUUAUUCGCCAAAAUUUAUGGAAUAAUUUAAAGAAUGAUUCAACAAGUCAAUGGUACGCGGGUUGAUACUUAAAGCUCUUUUACAUAAAAAGUACUCGAGAGUAUUUAAGUAAAUGGCCCAAAACAAUUAAAAGCAGAAAAAAAAAAAAAACAAUUAAAAAUACGGUUGAUAGAAGCAGCAGAGGAACCAGUAGAAACUGAACACAAAACAACAACAAAAAAAGCCAACAAAUGUCAAGGCACAACAUACAGGGACACAAAUUAACAACAAGAAUAGCAAUAAUAACAAAAACAACAAUAGUAGACCAAGAAAGUCCCUAACAAAAUAAUAAAAUAGCAACAAAAAGGAAAAAAACAACUACAUGAAUAAAAAUCAUAAAAAAUAAAGGACAACAAGCAGCAACAUUAAAAAAAGGACACAUAAUCAAGCCAAAGGCAUAAAAGCACAAAGGACUACAAUAAACUACCAUAAAAAUAAGUUAAAGAGAGAGAGGAAAGCCAACAACUUGGACUCAGAAACAGUAACAACAUAUCGCAAUUUAGAGAUAAACAAGAUAUAAAAGAGAGACCCUUUAGCAAUGGAAUUGCUUUAAAAGCUUUAACAAUAAUAAACGACAAAAAACAAAUUAUUACUGUGUAAAAUAAAAUUUAACUAAACAGGAAACCAACGCUCUUUCGCACACACAUACACACACUUUUUAAAGCAUCCUUACAUAUCCUGCUGCCUGCUGUUUAAAAGUUGAAAAAGUUUACAAAACAAUAAAAGCUGCCAACUGCAAUUAAAACACGCGCAAACACACACACUCUCAACGACAUGUCACAUAUUAACUCCAGCUAGAAAAAAAUCCAAUUUUAAAACACAACAGAAACAAUUUUCCACAAACUUUGCUGGGAAUUGUUCUUCCAACAAAAAAAAAACUUUUCUAAACUCAUAUAUUCACACAACAACACAAAGCUAAAGAUCCAAAUCGAAAAAUGGCUUUCAUCUGGCGUCGUCGCUCCACUUCAAUAGUGAAAAUUAUUGCAGUUUUGACAGCAAUUUGGUUCUUUGUGGCCUUCUUCAUCUACACCGAUGACACGAGACGCGAAACAGCCAGCAACAAAUGGAGCGCCAUGUCUCAGCAGCUGAAAAGUUUGGCCGGUGCUGGUGCUGGUUCGGGUAAUGCCAACAAUCAAAUCGAUAAUUUCGAACGUGAUGGUGCUGGCGUUUUCGAAGCUGGCGGUGGUUUUGGUGUCGGCAACAAUGUGGUCUUAGAGCGCAACAAUAAUGCGCCCCAUGAUAGUGGCGGUGGUGGUGGCAAUGAACUCGAUGAGGACAAUGGUGAGGGGGUGGCUGCCGAUGUACCCAUAGCCCAGCCCGAUGAACCGAAUAAUAGGGGUGGUGCAGAAGAUAUUGAUGACAAUGCUGAUAUAAAUGAAGGUGAUGAGUCGAUAGUGAAUAAUGUUGUUGUGCAUCCCAAUGACAAAGUGUAUCGUGGUAAAUUUAUAGGUGGCAAACAAUCACCAGGCAGCAAUGAGAAAGGACAUCAGGAUGAUGGUAAAAGCGUUUUAGCUGCCCCUUCUCCACCCAAAGAUGCUCCCGGUGAAAUGGGCAAACCCGUUAACCUACCUGCCAAUAUGACUUCCGAUAUGAAAAAAGCCGUCGAUGAUGGCUGGCAAAAGAAUGCCUUUAAUCAAUAUGCUUCCGAUAUGAUUUCCGUACACAGAACUCUGCCAGAUCCUAGAGAUGCUUGGUGUAAAGAGCCGGGACGUUAUCAAAAGGAUCUGCCAGCCACUGAUGUAAUUAUUUGUUUCCACAAUGAGGCGUGGUCCGUGCUAUUGCGUACCGUGCACUCUGUUUUUGAUCGUUCACCAGAACAUUUAAUCGGCAAUAUAAUACUGGUAGAUGACUUCUCCGAUAUGCCUCAUACGAAAAAACAAUUGGAAGACUAUUUUGCUGCCAAUCCAAAGGUUAAAAUUUUACGUGCACCAAAGCGUGAAGGUUUAAUACGCGCCAGACUACUCGGUGCACGUCAUGCCACAUCGCCAGUAUUAACAUAUUUAGAUUCUCACUGCGAAUGCACCGAAGGUUGGCUAGAACCAUUAUUGGAUCGUAUUGCUAGAAAUUCUACCACCGUUGUCUGUCCCGUUAUAGAUGUUAUCGAUGAUACCACACUCGAAUAUCAUUAUCGUGAUUCGGGUGGUGUGAAUGUGGGCGGUUUCGAUUGGAAUUUACAAUUCAAUUGGCAUGCGGUGCCCGAUAGAGAAAAGAAACGUCAUAAGAAUUCCGCAGAACCUGUGUAUUCACCCACCAUGGCGGGAGGUUUAUUUUCCAUAGAUCGUGAAUUCUUUGAAUUGUUGGGCACUUACGAUUCUGGUUUCGAUAUUUGGGGUGGGGAAAAUCUCGAGUUGUCAUUUAAGACCUGGAUGUGCGGUGGUACGCUGGAGAUAGUGCCAUGUUCACAUGUCGGCCAUAUAUUUAGAAAGAGAUCGCCGUAUAAGUGGCGCACAGGCGUUAAUGUACUUAAAAAGAAUUCCGUACGGUUGGCUGAAGUUUGGUUAGACGACUAUUCCAAAUAUUAUUAUCAACGCAUUGGUAAUGAUAAAGGUGAUUUUGGUGAUGUUGGUGCACGUAAAAAAUUGCGCGAUCGUUUGGGUUGCAAAAGUUUUAAAUGGUAUUUAGACAAUGUCUAUCCAGAACUUUUCAUACCAGGAGAAUCUGUCGCCUAUGGCGAGAUAAGAAAUUUAGGUGCUGGCGGUCGCACAUGUUUGGAUUCACCGGCACGUAAAAAAGAUUUGAAAAAGAAGGUGGGCUUGUAUCCCUGUCACAAUCAAGGUGGAAAUCAGUACUGGAUGCUGAGCAAAGCUGGUGAAAUACGCCGAGAUGAGGCUUGUCUCGAUUAUGCAGGACAUGAUGUUAUGCUCUAUCCUUGCCAUGGCUCCAAAGGAAAUCAGUUCUGGACAUUCAACAGUGAAACCAAACAGAUACGCCAUGGAUCUUCCGACAAAUGUUUGGCCAUCAGUGAGAAACGGGACAAGGUCCUUAUGGAAGAGUGCAAUCGCAAUCGUUUGCGACAACACUGGCGUUUGGAAAACUACGAUCCCUCGAAAUUGUGAGGUUAUUUUUUUGGGAAUGGCACCCAAUUCAUACCAACCUCACUGUCGUACUACAAGCAUUGGAAAUAGCAAAGAAUAGUUAAAAAUUAUGAAAAUUAGAAUUAAAAUUAAUUUAAGUUUGUUGAAGUUAAAGCAAAAGCAACAGCAGACAAAAGAAAAAAAGAAAGAUAUUUAGUUGACAAAGAAGAAAAACUUUCAACAUGUGCAAUAUUUAAAAAUGGAAAUGAAAUUGAAGGAGGAAAGUAAAAAAAGACAUUAUAAAUGACUGUUGUAAAAUAAGACAUAACAAUACAAGAAAUUUAAGCACAAAAACUUUUUUCUAUAAAUACAUAUUACAUUUAUAAGUUGUUAAUUUAGCUUGUAAGAUUUAAAAAAACAAUUAGGCUUAAGUUUUAAUAAUUUUGAAAAUUAUUAAAAACUAAAUGAUAUAA